UUCAAAUCUCUCGAAACUUUAUUGAUACGUUUCUAGUGAUCGUGAGAUGUGAAUGGACCUCAAUUUUUAAAUCUUUAAAUAAAUAGAAAGACCUAUUUAUCGAAGUGCGAAAUCGUUUUUUUUUUUAAACUAACGUAAAGAGUAUUUUCGGAUCGGAAGGAAAACUCCAACGGAGAGGAAGAAAGGAUUGUUGUUGAUAAGCUAGCGGUCAUGGCUAGUGCCGCGAAUACAAACAUGAACUCUGUCCGGGAAACGAUGGACGUUCUCCUGGAGAUCUCGAGACUCCUUAACACUGGGCUCGACAUGGAGUCAUUGUCCAUCUGCGUGCGGCUGUGUGAGCAGGGCAUUAACCCCGAAGCGCUCUCAUCAGUUAUAAAGGAGCUACGCAGAGCCACGGACACACUUAAGGCCUCUGACAACAGCACAAGCCAAGGAUAAAUCUCACCAGGCUCAAUCGAAAAAUUAGCUCUAGAAGACAUUUCAUCAGUUCACCAAGAGACUGUAUUAUUUAAUAAGGGACUUUUUUUUUCCCACCUGCAUUUUCCCCUCAGCCUUGUUUUUAUUUUAUCUUUAUCUUUCUCUCUGUAUUAUGACGUCCUUUUGGCUGUGUGUGCUUUCAUAUAUCCAGUAUUUUAAAUCAGAUGUCUGUCAUUGUUAUAAAUGUUUGUUUUUCCUCUGAA